UUUUGAGUUGGCUUUCAUUUUUUGUUUUUUCUACUCUUUUGGGUUUUCCUUGGAUUUCCAAGGUUCUUUUUGACGGUCAUCAUGAACCGAACCAUGACACUCCACCGCGCGACAUCACUAACGAGUACCGACCAAGAACUCAACGAAGGAAUGGCGGAACUGGAAUUGCAGAAAUUGGCUAGACAGUAUCGGAUCAUGGAGGGGGAUCGAAAGGCUUAUUCUGAGGAAUCUAGGUUGUUGAUUACUAAACAGCGGGCGACGAUUGAGAAACUUAAGCGGGAGAACCAAUACUUGGUGGAUGAACUUGCGCUUCUGGAACAACGAACGGAUGAAAAGAAUUUAGUUGGACGUGAGAAAAAGGUGGAAGCAUUGGCGGAACAAGCUGAUGCAUAUAAUCGUAAAAUCCGAGCAUUAUUAAACACCAUUUCCAACCUCGAUGCAACGACCACUGCCCUCUCCCGCGAAAUUGACACACAACGCUCACACCUCGGAGGUGUCAACGCCGCAUACGAAAACAGCGAAUCCAUCACAAAGCAAAUCAAAGUACUCGAAAACCGAUUGGAUAAAGCUCUCGUGAAAUUUAAUAAAUCGCUUGCGGUGAAUAAAACGAUGCGGGGGGUGAUUGAUAAUUUGAGGAGGGAACGAAUGGUUUUUGAUGGGAUUUAUCGGAAAUUUGAGAAAGAGGUUGGUGAGCAGAAAAAGUUGAUGGCGGAAGUGAUUGAGGCGAGUAAUUCCGCAUAUGAAGCUCGAGAUGAAGCACAAGCUCGUAUGAUUGCCUUGAAAGAGAAGUCAGAAAAAGAACAUCAAGCGUACAUUCAGGAAAUUAAGGAACUGGACAGAAGUUUGGAGCAGGAUAAGAGGUUAAAGGAUUUCAUGGCGACCAAGGUUGCUGAUCGACAUGUACCCGAGGACGGAGAUUUGAAAAAAGAGGGCAAGAAAAAAGACAAGACGAUCCUUAAACCCCGCUUCGGCUCUCAAGAUACCCUAACCGACUCUCUAGAAUCCUACGAAAAAGCCUUUUCCCAAAUCCAAUCCAAAACCGGCGUAUCCAGCAUAAAAGACCUCGUCAAACGCAUGAAAACCGUUGAGGACGAAAACUUUUCCUUGUUUAAUUAUGUCAAUGAAGUGAAUAAUGAUAUGGAGCAGUUGGCGGAGGAGAUUAUUGAGAUUCAGAAACGGAUGGAUGCGCUUAGAGUGGGGAAUGUGGUUGAGGAGGAGCGGAUGGAAGGGGUUUUAAAAGGACUCGAGACUCUCCUAGCCACAACAACCAAACAGCACACCCAAUACGAAACUCACUACACUGAAAUGCUCGCCACCCUAUCCGACCUCACACACGCCCUCCAACCCCUCUCCAACCUCUGCCCCAUCACAGACGACAUUAUCACAACACUAGGUCACAUUGAACAAAAGACAAACGAACUCCUCACGCUCUAUUAUGCCGUUUUUCCCAAAAAGACUGGAUCGGCUGCUCCGUCUUUGGAGGAAGGGGGGUCUGUGCCUGGGAGUGCGACGGAGAGGUCGACUGUUGUGGUUGUUGGUGGGUUGUUGGGGCAUGGACCGAAUGCUCCUGUUGGGAAUAUUACGAUUGUGCCGCCUUCGACUGGGGAUGACCAUGACGAUGACUUGAUUUCGGAAGAAGAUGAUCGACCCCUUACGCGAGAGGAACUCGAAAAGAGGACAUUGCGUGGUCUCUCCAAACGUGAUAAACAUCAUGGAACGACCAAGACGGCUGGGUCAAAGCAUAAGCGGAAGGGAGGUGCUGCUAAAAAGAGUGCAUCUGUCGUCGUAGAGUAAGAGUUGGUUGUUUGUUUUUUUUUUCAAGAAAGGCUGGAUUACCUGCACCUUUUUUAUUAUUCUUUUUUUUGUAUAAAUACAAGUAUGCUGUUGUGUGUGG